AUGGUACGGAUUGCCGUCCUUUCUAUUUUUGUGGCUGGCGCGACAGCUUUUGUUCAUCCAGGCCUUCUUCAUACCGAGGAUGACUUUACUAGAGUCAAGGAGUAUGUCAAUGAAGGCAAAGAGCCGUGGCUCACGGCUUGGAACCUUCUGACGUCAAAUUCACACGCCUCUCCUACGUAUGAGCCUCGCGCCGUGGAGACAGUCUACCGCGGCUCCGACGGGGUACACGCACAGAACUAUCCGGUGUUGUACAACGAUGCCCACGCUGCUUAUCAGCUAGCUCUUCGCUGGAAGAUCAAUGGGUCUUCCGAAUUUGCGGUCGCAUCGACCCGAAUUUUAGAUGCUUGGUCGUCAACUAUGAAGGCCAUUGGAGGGAGUAGCGAUGGCUUCCUUGCAGCAGGUCUCUAUGGAUAUCAGUUGGCAAAUGCCGGAGAGAUCAUGCGGGAUUACAGCGAAUGGCCGGAGACGAAUCGCACGCGUCUCGGCGAUCUCCUCGAAACUGUAUUCUACAAAGAUAGUUACAGAUUUUUAACGACACACAACGGUCAAUCACAAUACCAUUAUUGGGCAAAUUGGGAUCUCUGCAGCAUUGCUGCCAUUCAAGCCAUUGGAGUUUUCACGGACAACCAGACGAUGUAUGACUACGCCAUGAACUACUUUAUCAGCGGCGAUGGCAUGGGCGCCAUGCCGAAUUUCAUAAUCGCCAAUCACACCGAAGAUGGAUCGGGAAAAGUUCUGGCCCAAAGUCAAGAGGCUGGACGAGACCAGGGACACGCGACACUUGAUAUUGCUCUUUUGGGAGUGGUCCUUCAGCAAGGAUACAACCAAGGAAAGGAUCUCUUCGAGAUCAUGUCGAACAGUGGUCUGGCGGCAUCGGAGUAUAUCGCGAAAUAUAAUGUGAAUGAAACUGUGCCCUUCACAGAGUACGACAAUCCUGAUCAGGGUAACAUGACUGAGAUCUCCUCAGCGUCUCGUGGCAAUGUGCGAGCCGGGUUCGAACUCUUGUACGGACAUUACAAUGACAUUCGAGGCCUCGACGCAUCCUGGACGAAAGAAUAUGUCAACUACGCCAACAAUGCAACCGGUGGGGUUGAGGGAGGCGGUGGCAACUACGGGAGCAACAGUGGUGGAUAUGAUUACCUUGGUUUCGGUACUCUCAUGUAUCGUCUGACCGCUUAG